UAGAUCAUAAUGUUAUGUCGAGUUACAAAAUACACUGAUCAUCUAAUAUAACUAGAUAUAUUUUCUAUCAAGAACACUCUCUUCUACUAACCUGUAAGUCGUUUCUACCUAUGUGUCUGCUGCUAAAUGCUGAUAUGUGUAAAUACUCGUGUUUUGCAUUUCAUUUUCUACAUCAACUUAGGGGAUAAUACACAUAUACCAGAACAAUGCAAUAUGUUGGAGUGUAACAGUUCUGGAUAUUUUAAAGCGAAUAUAAUUCUUUUGAUUAUAAUAUUUGUUCUACAGAGUGUAGGUUUAGGUACCAAUCAUUGGGUGAAAAUCGAAGUUGGUGGAAAUUAUGUAUUUAAAGUUCAUAGCGGGUUGUGGAAACUAUGUCUGUGUUAUUUCGGAAAUGAUGAUUGUUUUUGUCAGUCUGUUGCCGUGCCAGUCACAGCUUGGUUAACAUAUGUGAGAGUGCUGGAAUGGCUUGGUCUCAUAUGUGUUGUAAUUGCUGGUGCUGUAUUCAUCAUACAAUGUGUCUCAUCACGAAGAACUCAUUUUAAAUCGUCAGCAGCAAUCUUAACACUGGCAUCAGGAGCGUCAAUACUGAUAGGUAUUGUAAUCUAUGGCUCCAAAAUGGUCAGAAAUUUUGACUAUUCAUACAUUUUAUGUACGAUUGCUGGUAUACUGUGUAUAAUUUGUGUGUUCCUCAUCCACAAUGAUCGGAAACCUCGGCAUUCCACUGAUAGCUGCGUUCACCGGGAAAAUGAUAUUGAAAGCCGACGAGUUGUUGAAGUAGAGACAUACGUUCCACAAAUUUUAACUAACUCAACAAUUUCACAACCAGACCAUGCAUCCAGUCUGAAUCAUUCUCAAAAUACUGAUGAUCUACCACCAACACAUGACGAAAUAACAUUAGAACCCCCACCACCAUCUUAUCAAGAUGUAGUGACUCAGCAAAAAUUCACAACAUAAAUUAUAACUGUACAUGAGAAACGUUUCUAAAAGAUACAAUUAUUAGUCAUGGUUAGGAGUAGAAUUUUUUGCUUAUAUUUAAAAGAACUUGUAUGCAAUGCAAACGCGCGAAAUAAUAUAUUCAUACAUGUAAUUAUAGAUCUACCACAUUUGUAUUACUCGUACUUAAUUUUCAAUGAUGAAAUUAAUUGUGGUUAAAAAUCGUUUUAAGAACAUUAAAUACAUUACAAGUUCAUUAUCAUUUAAUUUCUGAAAUUUAGCAUAAAUAAUAAUCGAUUUAUUUAUUAUAUAUAAUUACAUAUACAUUUUACAAAGGUGCACAUUGAGAGUGACGUAAAUUGUGUAAGUAAAUGUUUAGAGAAGUGAACGAUUUUAAGGCUGAACAGGUAAAUCAUUGUGGAUUUUAUCCGUGCUUGUAUCCUUUUUUUCUCCAAAUAUAACUUAAACAUUACAACAAUAACUAUCCGCAUAUGUUUAAGAACUAUCAUUAUCUUGAAGAUAUUGUUUUUUAGAUAAAUAUGGAAGGUGGUCUAUAGGUGGUCUGAAAACUGGAUAUUAGAGUGUUACAUUACAAUAUUCAACAAAUGAAGGAAAUAAAAUAAUUUAUCACGAUAGAGAUCUAUAAAAACUUAAAAAGUGUGAUAAUAAAUUUUACUGGAGCCAUACGUAUAAAAGGGGCGACUAACACAAUAGCAAUUUAUCAAAGAAAAUCAUUUUAAUAUUGAAUACACUCACUUUAAUAUAUCGAUCUGGUAUCGACCGAGACAGCCUCUUGAAUAAGUUUAUCAUCAACUGUGACAUUGGUUUAUUUAUAAAGCUGUGUUUGACUCAAAAUUUAAGAAGAAAAAGGUAACUGGAAUGGUGAACAGUUAUUGGAGGAUAUUAUCAACACAUUUGAUGUACAAGUAACAAUUACUAAAAUGGUCGACAGUUGUAGAAUAUUUUCAGACAGCUCGAAUGUAUUAAAGGUGUGUGCUGUUGUGUUGGGUGUGGCGUUCAUCGUACACUGUGUGGGUAUUGGGACUACAUUUUGGGUUCAACAUGAGGACGGUGCAUUCCAAAGUCGAUAUCACAGUGGUUUGUUCCGAUCCUGUUCGUGCUUGACUUUCUUCGGUGAAAAAUGUGUUUGUGCUUCAGAUUCAAAUAUGGCACAAGGGUGGCUGAAAUGUGUGCAAGCCCUGGAGGUUAUAGGUCUUAUUGCAAUUAUCUGUGUUGAAUUUCUGAUAUUCAUGCAGUUUUUCUGCACACAAAGUAUAGCUAUCAAGAUGUGGGGAAUCAUGCUUAUGCUAUUUGCUGGUGUGUGUAUAUUGGCCGGUGUGUCACUUUAUGGUGCAAUGAUGGUUGAAAAUCUCAGCUUUUCAUUCGGACUCUGUGUCGUAUCAGCUGUAAUGUGCUUUUUGUGCUCCAGUCUCCUGAUAGAAAAUAGAAGAAUAUCCCUAAAACGUCUGAUGUCAACUAGUCAAAUCCAUUACGCAAACCAAGGACAAAUCAUUUCAAGUCCGAACACACAGUUCAGGUUGUCACUUAAUUGGCGUAAUAUUCUACGCCUGCUUAUCUGGCGAUGAAUGCGCAUGCCCAGUACGGGCCUGCACCAGCAUAUCUUGUUGCCCAGCAACAAAAACAGUUUGUACAGCAUCAAUGCCGUUUACAUGCACUCAAAAUCAAUGUUAAGAGUCUGGACAAAGCAUCAAAGAGUAAACAAAUAAAAUUCAAACAUUGGUGGAAUGAAAUUUACUACAGAAAGACUCUUAAACACAGAUAUUAAUAGAGAGAGAAACAACAUUUAUAGAAUAUUAAACAUUCGUCAUUCACAGAGAUUGAUUACUCGUAUAUCACUAGAAUUUUUGUGAUUAAAUUAAUGUUUAUACAAUUCACAUUCUCCAGUUUGUCGGCUGUAAGAGAAGGAUAUUUUCAACAUUAUUAUUUAGUUAUGUUCUGUUAAAUAUGUUAUAUGUUAAAUAUAUUAUAUUAUUU